CGGAAGGAGAAGAGAAUAUUCAUUACUGAGCUCUAAAUCUCCGCCGGCACAACCGUCAAAUGCCACGACGAUCUUCCGGUUGGACAUACCGACAAAACCUUCCAGCACGUUCUACAUCUCACAUUAUUCUUCUUCUUCUUCUUCUUCACCAAAAAGGCCCCGCCUUUUUUCACACCCAUUCUGGUCCGCACACAUAUAAACUCGCCUUUCCCACCUCUUCCUCUCCUCCAGAUCACAAUUUUCAAUACCCAGAUUCCCUUUUCUUCUCAAUUAUACACAUUUCUUCUUCCGUCUACUCGCUCAUAUCUAGCUAGGGUAGUUUGUUUGGUUCUUGAAAUGGUUGAAACGAUGUCCCAGAACAUUCUUUUGACGGGGGGAGCAGGCUAUAUUGGGAGCCACACUGUGUUGCAAUUGCUGCUCUCUGGCUACAAGAUUGUUGUGAUUGAUAAUUUGGAUAAUUCUUCUGCUGUUGCCAUCAAACGAGUUCAGGAGCUUGCUGGCCGACACGCCCACAAUCUUGAGUUUCAACAGAUGGAUCUCCGUGACAAGCCUGCACUUGAAAGUCUUUUUUCCUCUAAGAAGUUUAGUGCUGUUAUCCAUUUUGGUGGUUUAAAAGCUGUUGGUGAAAGUGUGCAGAAACCUUUGAAGUAUUAUAACAACAAUCUCAUUGGUACAAUUACCCUCCUGGAAGUCAUGGCUGCCCAUGGAUGUAAAAAACUUGUGUUUUCGUCAUCAGCGACUGUUUAUGGUUGGCCGAAAGAGGUCCCAUGCACAGAGGAAUCCCCCCUUAGUGCUGCAAAUCCAUAUGGACGAACCAAGCUUUUCACUGAAGACAUAUGUCGUGAUCUCCACCAAUCAGACUCGGAAUGGAAAAUCAUAUUGCUGCGAUACUUCAAUCCUGUUGGCGCCCAUCCUAGUGGCUACAUUGGUGAAGAUCCGCGUGGAAUCCCAAACAAUCUCAUGCCUUUCGUUCAACAAGUUGCUGUCGGGAGGCGACCGGCAUUAACAGUUUUUGGAAAUGAUUACUUAACAAAGGAUGGUACAGGGGUACGCGAUUACAUUCAUGUUGUGGAUUUAGCAGACGGCCACGUGGCUGCAUUGAAGAAGCUGGCUGAUCCUUCAAUAGGCUGUGAAGUUUACAACUUGGGAACUGGAAAAGGUACAUCAGUCCUGGAAAUGGUGGCGGCAUUCGAGAAGGUAUCAGGCAAGAAAAUUCCGCUGAAAAUGGCUGGUCGACGCCCUGGUGAUGCUGAAACUGUAUAUGCAGCAACAGCGAAAGCAGAACGCGAGCUAAACUGGAAGGCAAAAUAUGGGAUAGAAGAGAUGUGCAGAGAUCAGUGGAAUUGGGCAAGCAGAAACCCCUAUGGGUAUGAAGGAUCUCCUCAGAAAUCUGCAUGUUUCCUGCCUUGUCUUCCCAGGAAUCAAGUACAAGGUUGCCUUGCACAGAACUAGGAGGAGGAUGUGUGUUUUAUUUUACUUACAUAAAUACCCCUACCUACCACUCAGUAUUCAUUUAUUUCUCUAACAUCCAACUUUUGCUGUUGCUGAAUUUAUUUAGGUUUUCUUUAGCUCCCUCCAGCCACUGAUCACAAAUAGGAUAUAUAUUGUUUUUGUAUUACUUACUUGAUUCAUUACCUUUCUUGUUUUGCAUUAUUAAGUAAAUACAAUUCUUUUGGGUUUGUUUGUUUC